AUGUCGAUAUGUUUCUUCCAAGAUCUUAAUGAAUAUAAGUUUUGCGUGUAUUCCUUCAAAAUGCAUGAUCUCGUCCAUGAUCUUGUGCUCUCUAUUGGCCAUGAAGAGUGGUUGGAAAUAGACUCUGACAAUAAAGACGUGGCCUCGACAGUUCGUCAUUUGUCAAUUUCAUCUAGUGACCAACAAGUUUCAAAGUUCUCGAACAAGUUAACUAAUGUGAGGAGCAUCAUAUUCCAAACCAAACCACACGUGUCCUCAGUUGAAGCAUGCAUCUCAAGAUUCAAGUCUUUACGUGUGCUAGCUAUACCUAAUUCAGAUUUUGAGAAUUUGCCAAGUUCCAUUGGUACUCAAAAGCAUUUGAGAUAUCUCAACCUAUCUGGUAAUGAGUCAAUCAAGAAGCUUCCUAAUUCCAUUUGCAAGCUGCACAAUUUGCAAACAUUGUUGCUUCAUGGAUGUUCUAACCUUGAACGACUGCCCAAAGAUAUGAGGAACAUGAUCAACCUUAGGUUUCUUACUAUUUCAACAAAAGAUACAUGCUUGUUCGUGAAUGGAGUAUGUUGCUUCAAUUCUCUUCAGAUUUUAUUUGUGAUGGGAUGUCCAAGACUUGAAUGCUUGUUUCCACAGAUGGACAGGUGCCUCACCAACCUUCGUACAUUGGUUUUUGGAGGAUGUGAAAGUUUGAUCUCUUUGCCACUUAUUGUCAAGCACCUAACUACCUUAGAGUCAUUGUACAUUGUUUAUUGUCUGGAGAUGGAUUUGACGGGAGGAGAAAGAGAUGCACAAGAUCUCAAUUUGAGACUCAAAAGCUUGCAUAUUAAAGCGUUACCAAAGUUGGAGAUUUUACCCGAAUGGCUCUUAAGAUCUGCAAACACUUUAAAGCACCUACGUAUCAAGGAGUGUGAAAAUCUCAAGGUGUUGCCAGAGUGGUUACCAACUCUGAAAUCACUUCAGACAUUGGAGAUCACUAGCUGCUAUGAGCUAUCAUCUCUACCGGAGGGGAUUCAUCAUAUGAAAACAUUAAGAAAACUGAAGAUUAAAUAUUGUCCUGAACUCGUUACUCAUUUAGAAGACUUGUCCAACAUACCAGAGCUCGAACUCGAUUCUGAAGAUGAUCAAGAAGAUGAUGGGGAUUCUGAAAAAGGUGAAGAUGAUGAGCUGCGUUUCGCAUCUUCAGCCCAGGUUCCCUCCCGCAUGCUGCGUUCUGCGUCUCCAGCCUUGAAGCCACAAUCUGCUUGUCCAGAAGCUGCCCGUGUGAGCUGCUCUGCACCUCUUAAUCAUGUAGUUUUUGACACUUUAUCACACAUCACCGGCCUUUCUCUUCUGUCUGCGACCAUUGAUUUUCGUUUCCGAGCUUCGUGCUCAGUUGUGUUGUUUUGUGAUAUCGUAUCAUAUACUGUGGUUCUUAUGAUUGAAUGA